AAUAGAUAUGUAGACACUUCGUAUGUAUGUAACGAGUACGUGGAAGGCUAAAAGCUCAUGCAAGAAUGAAAACAAAAGGGUGGGAAAAUUCCAGGAAGCUGCACAAGGCAAACAUGAAACGGUACCUCGACUCUUUCAACGUUAAUUGCAAAUACAAUUUUUUUUUUAGCCUUGUCCCUAUAUAUAUAACCACCUGCAUAUAAAAACACAGCCAAAACCUCCUCCACUUUGCUUGAUUUUGCACUUCAUUGUUCUUCAUAAUAUUGUUGCAUCAAUGGAGUCUGUUGCUGGGGAGCUUUCUCACAUGGAGAAUGGAGAGUCUAAUAAGGACUUGAUGAGCAAAGAAUCAUGGAAUAAUGGAAUUAGAACAGCUCAAAACAUGUCCACUUCGCUUAUGAGGAAGAAAUCCGAUCCAAUGCUGGUUUCAAAAGUUCGGUUUCAUAUGCUUAGACAGUUUUUAGCCAAUUUGCAAGAGGUCAUCUUUGGUACUAAACUUGCUGUUCUCUUCCCUGCCAUCCCUUUAGCCAUUGCGGCUGAUUUCUAUAAGUUUGGAAGACCUUGGAUAUUUGCUUUGAGUUUGCUUGGACUUACCCCACUUGCUGAGCGUGUUAGCUUCCUCACUGAACAAAUUGCAUAUUACACCGGUCCAACAGUUGGAGGACUCCUGAAUGCAACUUGUGGUAAUGCAACAGAGCUAAUAAUAGCUUUAUUUGCUCUCUACCAAAGCAAAAUACAUGUUCUCAAGUACUCUCUCUUGGGUUCCAUUCUCUCAAACCUUCUUCUUGUUCUUGGCACCUCUCUCCUUUGUGGGGGCUUUGCCAACAUCAAAAAGGAGCAAAGAUAUGAUAGAAAACAGGCAGAUGUAAACUCUCUCCUGUUGUUGCUGGGAUUGCUUUGCCACAUGUUACCAUUGAUGUUUAGAUAUGCGGCAACGCCAGGCAUUUUCAUUGCUGACUCUACUCUUCAGCUGUCAAGAGCAAGUAGCAUCGUUAUGCUAAUAGCUUAUUUUGGAUAUAUCUUCUUCCAGCUUAAAACUCAUAGGCAGAUUUUCGAGUCUCAAGAGGAAGAUGAAGAUGAAGAAAAGGCAGUGAUAGGGUUUUGGAGUGCAUUUAGCUGGUUGGUUGGUAUGACACUAAUCAUAGCUUUGUUAUCUGAGUAUGUGGUGGGCACAAUUGAGGCUGCAUCAGAAUCUUGGGGCAUUUCUGUUAACUUUAUCAGCAUAAUUUUGAUCCCUAUUGUGGGGAAUGCUGCCGAACAUGCUGGAGCAAUCAUAUUUGCUUUCAAGAAUAAGUUGGACAUAUCUCUGGGUGUUGCCUUGGGUUCUGCAACUCAAAUUUCUAUGUUUGCUGUUCCCUUAUGUGUUAUAGUUGGCUGGAUAAUGAGAAUCCAAAUGGAUCUUGAUUUCAGUCUUCUCGAAACUGGAUGUUUAGCCUUGACAAUAAUUAUUGUAGCCUUCACUUUACAGGAUGGAACAUCACAUUACAUGAAAGGAGUAGUUCUUUGCCUUUGUUACACAGCCAUUGCUGCAUGCUUUUUUGUUCAUAAAAUUCCAGCACCGUUGGAUCAUACUAAUGUCAACCUGGGAGCACUCAAACCAUCAUCUGGAUCCUCAGCCUAGCCGGCUGGACCACCUUUUCGGGGUUUUCUACCCCAAGUCAAGGGCCAAAAAAUUGCAAUCUUCCAUUGUCCCAAACCUUGAAAGAUGUUUGAUUUCCAUUUUGAUAAAAAGAGGACCCUUCCGAGAAGAGUGUUACAGACAAGACAAAAGUUGAGGCCAUUUUCAAGUUAAUAUAUGAGAAGAAACCCUACUUCUCCUUUGAAAAAUGUUUGUAAAUGAACUCUGUUCCUGUGAUUCCUUAAUAAGGUUUUUGUCUCUGAUUUUUAAUCUCUAGCUGUUCAUUGACAUGUACUUGGUUUAUGCCAUCAAUUUUAUGCUGCUAAAGCUGAGAUAAAUGAUUAAAUGCCAUUUACUUGAGGUGAUGUAAUAAAUAAUAAUCAGCUAAUAAGAAAAACCUUCCAGAUCAGAGUUUAUUUUAUUAAUUAAAAAUUUAA